AUGGCGGAGCAGCAGGGCCGGCCGCUGGAGGCCGAGUGCCCUGUCUGCUGGAACCCCUUCAACAACACGAUCCACACCCCCAAGGUGCUGGACUGCUGCCACUCCUUCUGCGUGGAAUGCCUGGCCCACCUCAGCCUGGUGACUCGGGCCCGGCGCCGCCUGCUGUGCCCGCUCUGUCGCCAGCCCACCGUGCUGGCCUCGGGGCAGCCUGUCACGGACUUGCCCACGGACACGGCCCUGCUGACCCUGCUCCGCCUGGAGCCCCACCACAUCACGCUGGACGGCCGGCAGCUCUGUCUCAAGGACCAGCCCAAGAGCCGCUACUUCCUGCGCCAGCCUCAGGUUUACACACUGGACCUGGGCCCUGAGCCUGGGACCCAGACUCAGGACGUGGCCUCCCAGGAUGUGGCCUCUGCCACGGUGUCCGUGCCCAUCCCCCGUCCCAGCCACGACUCGCUGCGCGGGUGUUUCCGCAACCCUCAGUUCCGCAUCUUUGCCUACCUGAUGGCGGUCAUCCUCAGCGUCACCCUGCUGCUCAUCUUCUCCAUCUUCUGGACCAGGCAGUUUCUCUGGGGUGUGGGCUGA